AUGAUAGGAGCGUUGCGUAAGGGGAGAUAUUUUUUAAAAUCCGUGGUAGUUUGUUAUCAAACAUCGCUAUCUUUCAGUAGGAACAGUAACGUGCUGCUAAAAUUCCAAACAUGGAGCAAAAUAUCUGCCAAAAUUUUGAGUUUAGGUGCCGGAUCCGUGAUCGUUGCAGGUGUUAUUUUAGCACAGGCGGCACGUGACAACUCCCCGCGCGAGGAGGCGGAUCUACAGUGUGACGUAACUGAAAAUAACACGCGAGCACGUGGAGGACAUAAAGUGAAAGACAAAGGGCAAAAUGAAACCAAAGCAGAAAGGAAAAGACUACAUGAUGCUGUUGUGGAAUCCCGCGAUCUGAUUCAGAGAAUAAAGGAUGAAGCAGGGUGUCCUGGUGUUGUUAUAGGAGUCAGUGUGGACGGGAAAACUGUGUGGUCUGAAGGUGUAGGCUUCUCUGAUCUAGAAAAUCGUAUUGCCAUUGGUCCAGAAAAAGUCUUCCGUAUUGCCAGCAUCAGCAAGUCUAUCACUAUGUCCAUUGUUGCUAAAUUGUGGGAGUCUGGCAAGUUGGAUUUAGACGCUCCUGUGCAAAAAUAUGUGCCUGACUUUCCUGAGAAGUCAGUGAAUGGGGAAAAGGUUACCAUAACAACCAGACAUCUUGUGUCUCACCUCUCAGGUAUUAGGCAUUAUAAGAAGGAGUCAAUGAAAACAGAAUCUGAGGAAAAACAGGAUGUGAAAGACAAAAAAUCUAAAGAGAAGAAAAACGACAAUGAGAGAAGAAAUGUGGAAGGAGAUGAAAAAUAUAAAGAGUUUUAUUUGAAAAAAAAGUUUGCAACAACAAAAGAGGCUUUAGAGCUAUUUAAAGACGACCCUCUUCUGCACAAGCCAGGCAGUAAGUUCCUGUACACGACACACGGUUGGACGCUGGUUAGUGCUGUUCUGGAGGGAGCCUCUGGCCAAACCUUUCCCAAACUGCUGACCAGUCUUUUCAAGGACCUGGGUAUGUCCAGCACUUACCUGGAUGUGAAUGAGCCUUUGAUUUACCAUCGUGGCAGGCAUUACGUGAAAAACAAGAAGGGCCGAAUGAUUAAUGCUCCUUAUGUGGACAACUCAUACAAAUGGGCUGGUGGUGGAUUACUCUCCACAGUCGGGGAUCUAAUGAAGUUCGGCAAUGUUAUGUUGUACAGUUUUCAGCGCGAUGAUGGCACCAAUCAGGUACGAGGAGAACGCAAAUCAGAGAUGAAAUCUAAGUCAAAAUUUGAAUGUAGAUCCAAAAUGGACGGAAUUGGUGGGAAUGUAAAUCUUCCUGGGUAUUUGAAACGCGAGACUGUUCAGAAACUGUGGACAGUGGUGGAGAAUGCCUCGCCUGGCGGGGAAACUUCAUGGGGUUAUGGUAUGGGGUGGAGCGUGAUGCCGGAGACGUACAAGUACGGAUUCUGUGAACAUCAGCGUUACUUCGUCUCCCACUCGGGCGGUGCCAUGGGCGGGAGCAGCAUCCUGCUGGUAUACCCCAGUGACAAGAACACACAAUGUCAAAAACAUCGUAGAAAUGAAUCCCAAGGUCAAGGUCAAGGUCAGCAGCAAAGCCCAGUAAAGAAGGUUUUGUCUGUAGAUAAUCAGUCUUCAGGUGACGUUGUUAGCCAGAGUCCUUCAGACGGACAAGACCGGUUGCCUCAGGGAAUUGUUGUUGCCGUCAUAGCGAACACCAGUGCUGUGGGACUGAGCAAGACGGCAUUCAACAUUGCUCAGAUAUUUGAACAAGUUUAUAGAUAGGUGAAGUUUAUUAUUUUUUGUUGGGCGUUUGGGUAUCUACACGUUGCUUCUGACUUCAGUUCUGCCUCUCAUUUCACCACGUGUAAUAUCAAAUGGGGAAACCAUACUAUGCAGUUACAUGUAGUAAUAGUUUGCAUAUACAAAUCAUGGUUCUGUCUGUAUUGCUUACUCUCUGAUCAGAUCUCACUUGGCAAUUUGGCAUUUUGUAAGACGGAUCGGAAGCUAGAGACCACGUGAUCUCCUUAGUAAAAAACGGCGUGGGUGAAGAAAAUGAUCCCAACUUUAUUGCAUAGGAAAAUGCCUAUUGAUCGUUAUCAGUGAUGUUGUACCGUUGGAUUUGUAUAAUUUUGAGCUUUCCAGGUGUUUCUGCUUUAGAGCUUUUGCGAUGUUAUUUUGUACAACUAAGCCCUAUUGAUCGCUAGCGAAGUAACAAAAAGUGACCUUUUCCAUUGGGCGGCCAUUUUGUUUUACAGACGAAAGGGUGGUCAUGUGACCUCUAACUUACAACCCGGCCUACAGAAUACACCUUUGUCUAAGUCAGUGUAUGCGUUAUGUGCUCAUGACACAUUGUUGUAUUACAUGGGGCAAAAUUAAACUUGUAAUUUGUAAUAAUUUAUAAGUCUUGACAAUAAAUAAUGCUCAAAU